AUGAGCACCAGCCUCAAGUUGAAUGACGGCCAUUCACCGACUGAUGGGAGCGGAGGGAAGAGUCUCCCUCCCACCCCGCAGGAAGCAUCUGACACGGGACUGCCAACUCCGCCGGCGACGAUACUCGCUUCCUCAACAUCGACCCACACGCGACAGAGCUCGGUGCACAGCGUGGCUGGGACUUCAGGCACGUUCGGGGAAGAUACGAACGGACUUGCGAACGGACUCGCGAACGGACACUCGGACGAUACGCAUGGCUAUGCCUCGCCCGGCCCACCUGAAACUCCCAACCUGCCCAACCCCGUGUUAAGCUCGACCACACGGCGGCCGCACAGCAGCUGGCACCCCAGCGCGGAAGCAGCACCUCAAUACACUCCUUCAGACCCGCUGUUUUCCGCCUCCGAGUUGCCGAUGCUCCGCGAGUCCCCGAGUCAGAUUACACUCUUAUCCGAGCGCGACCCGCGGGAAGAAGAGACCGCGAGGCUCAUGAGUGAAGUUCGCCGGCUGACGGAGGCUAUGGCCGCUCUCGAGGGAGACCGGCGGCAUAUGGCGCAAUACCACGGGCCCUCACACUCACACUCGCAAUCGAUGCCGAACGCCAUGCCGGCCGGACUUUUGACUGCUCCGCCAAACGCGCCGUCAAAUGAAUCACCUAACGCCAUGUCAAACGGGCAGCAACUUCAGCCUCAAAACAGCCAACUGCAGCGCCAUGUACCGCAGCCCACGGUUGUCCCUGGUUUCCACCCCAUGCAAGCGGGUUUCAUGCCCUUCAUGGCGUUCUGGCCGCCGCCUCAGCCGCAGUACCUUCCCUGCCAAUGUGCGAACCAAGUGCAGAUGAUGAAGGGGCAACUUGCAGAAUUGGCAGCCGCAGUGGAGAGACUGGACUUCAGGCCGGCGACGCCUCCACACUCCCCGCCCAGGCAUAGAGUGAGAAGACCAUUGCCGCCCCGUCCGGUCGCUAGCCUGUCCCAAGACACAACUCCGCCGGCUGCUACACCGACGCCCUCGAGGAGUGCGACCUUGGAAGAAGCAAGUGGUUCAGGGACUUCAAGUGAGGCGACUUCAAGCGAGGCGAGUUCGAGUGGGACAAUCUCGCGUAGAGCAUCAGAGAGCAGCGCGAGCAAGUAG